AUGGCGCCUGACUCCCUGCACCUUUUUCUCACACUUUUGAAUGGAAAACAAGUUUAUGUAGGACCUUUUGUUCGAAAGCAAGAAAGAGAGAUGUCAGUAGACAAGAUAAAAUUUACGAUUGUGUUUGUGAAGAACAUGUCUGAAGAAACAACUGAAGAAGACCUGAGGAAGAUAUUUGGUGAAUAUGGAUUACUCACCAGUGUUGCUGUGAUGAGAAAUGAAGAUGGAAAGUCAAACUGUUUCGGAUUUGUAAACUUUGAGAAUGCAGAGGAUGCUGCUAGAUCUGUUGAGUUGCUUAAUGGUAAGAAAUUUGAUAACAAGGAAUGGUUUGUUGGAAGGGCCCAAAAGAAAUCUGAGAGGGAGCUAGAAUUGAAAUUCCAAUUUGAGCAGAGUGUGAAGGAAGCAGUUGAUAAAUCACAGUGGUCCAACCUAUAUGUCAAAAAUCUGGAUGAUAGCAUUGGAGAUGAUGAGCUUAAGGAAGCGUUCUCUCCAUUUGGAUCGAUAACAUCAUGCAAGGUGAUGCGGGAUCCAAAAGGAAUAAGCAGAGGAUCUGGUUUUGUUGCAUUCUUAUCACCUGAAGAGGCUUCUAGAGCUCUCUUAGAAAUGAAUGGCAAGAUUAUUGUUAGCAAACCUCUUUAUGUUGCCCUUGCUCAAAGGAAAGAAGAUAGAAGAGCACGGUUACAGGCUCAAUUUUCUCAAGUACGACCGAUUACUAUGGCACCUACAGUCGCUCCUCGUAUGCCAAUGUAUGCCCCUGGUGGUCCUGGUCUAGGGCAACAUAUAUUCUAUGGGCAACCUCCACCUGCCAUGAUUCCUCCACAACCUGGAUUUGGGUAUCAACAGCAACUUGUUCCUGGUAUGAGGCCUGCUGGGCCUCUCAUGCCAAAUGUCUUUCUGCCUCUGGUUCAGCAAGGGCAGCAAGGUCCACGUCCUAGUGGCAGACACUCUGAUACCAUGUCAAAAUAUUAUAAAUUGCAUUUAUUAAACUCGUGUAUUACAAAGUAG